UUUUCUUCCCCCCGCCCGAUGGCUGCCGCCGCCGCCGCCGCCAAGCCCGCGGAGCUGAUGGGCAUCUGCUCGAGUUACCAGGCGGUGAUGCCGCACUUCGUCUGCAUCGCCGAGGAGUUCCCUCAGCCCACCCGGCCGGCCAAGCUGUCUCGCGGCAAGCUGCGCAGACCCCGCCAGUCGCGCUUCAAGACGCAGCCGGUGACCUUCGACGAGAUCCAGGAGGUGGAGGAGGAAGGGGUCUCCCCCAUGGAGGAGGAGAAAGCCAAGAAGUCCUUCCUGCAGUCCCUCGAGUGCCUCCGGAGGAGCACCCAGAACCUCAGCCUGCAGCAGAGGGAGAAGAAGCUCAGCAGCUGCAGCCGCCUGAGGAACAGCCUGGACUCCAGCGACUCCGACUCCCCGCUCUGAGAGACCCGGGAGGGGGGCAUGAGAAGCGGGCAGGACAGGACGGGACACCCGCCGCCCCUCUCCGGCCCUGCGC